CCUAAUCUAUAUGAUGAAAAUGCACAUGAAUAACUGGAUAAAACAAUGUGAAUAUGCAAGAUAUCAGAAAGUCAGAAAAGUAUCUUCAUUCAUCGCGGGCAAGAGACCAAGAGAAGAUGAUAAUGAUCCGUCGUCACCCUCACCACUUUCUUGGUUGCCCGACGAACUUGUUUUGCAGUGCUUACUCCGCGUCCCAAAAACCUACGACCUAAACCUCUCUUACGUUUCCAAAACCCUAAGGUCUCUUGUUCGCUCUCCUGACCUCCACCGUUUGCGCUCUUCCCUCCCUAAAAACUCCAUCUAUGUCUACUUCCGCGGAGAAAAAACUCUUGAACCGAAACAAUAUUGGUUCACUCGAUCCCGUCAGGUUCAGAGUUCGAAACCGGAGAUUGAGUAUCAGUUGAUUCCGGUUAAUAACUUGCCUUCUCAUCCUUUUAUGUACCACUCUUCAGCCAUAGCGGUUGGAUCAGAGAUAUUCUUCGUUGGUGGAUUAUCCAAACCUUCUUCGGAUCUUUGGAUUCUUGAUACUCGUUCUGGAGAGUUGUCGCAAGGACCAAGCAUGAAGGUGGCUCGAACUUGUGACUCCGUCGUGGGAGUAAUCAACGGGAAGAUACACAUGAUCGGAGGGUGCCUAAACAAGAAGAUUCAAGUCGAGGUUUAUGAUCCAAAAACGCGAAGCUGGACAGUAGGCGAGGGUCCUGACGAGAGGUUUCGACUCGGACUAAUUACGAUGACGCAGUUAACUGCGUCGCUCGGUUGGAAUGUUUAUUCUGCUGAAACUGCGAAAAUCAAUGUGUACAAUGCAAGACAAGGUGGAAGACUGGAGACUGUGAAGAUGCCAAGUGAUGUUGUCUGGUGCAUGUGCGUAGUCGCUGAUUUGCUUUAUGCUUACUAUUUUCGUGAAGGGUUGAUGUGGCUCGACGCAAAGCGUAAGAUAUGGAAAAGAGUCAUUGGUGUUGGCUGUAAUGAUUUGAAGGCACAUGGUGUUAAUUUUCAUGACGCUGUAAUGGCGGAAUAUAAUGGAAAGCUGGCGAUUUUGUGGCCCGAGGCCGAGGGUAAUCAUUUAGAUAGGACGGAGAUAAGGAUUAGGUGUGCGUUGAUAGCGUUGGAUUGGGUUGGAGAUGGAAUGCGUGAGAGGAUUGAGUGGUCUGGCACCGUAGCCGAAAUGCCAGAUAAUUAUUCUUUUCAUAAAAUUUUUGUUGUUUCUGGGUGA